AGGAUUCCCAUGGAUUCCCACGAAUUCCUGAGGAUUCCCCACAAAUUCUCAUGGAUUCCCCACAAAUCCCUCAGGAUUCCCCGCGAAUUCCCAAAAAUUCCCGAGGAUUCCCAAGGAUUCCUGAGGAUUCCCACGAAUUCCCAUGGAUUCCCACAAAUUCCUGAGGAAUCCCCACAAAUCCCUCAGGAUUCCUUGCGAAUUCCUGAAAAUUCCCGAGGAUUCCCACGAAUUCCCAAGGACUCCCCACAAAUCCCUCAGGAUUCCCGCGAAUUCCCGAAAAUUCCUGAGGACUCCCCACAAAUCCCUCAGGAUUCCCGCGAAUUCCCGAAAAUUCCUCAGGAUUCCCACAAAUCCUUCAGGAUUCCCCGCGAAUUCCCGGAAAUUCCCGAGGAUUCCCAUGGAUUCCCACGAAUUCCUGAGGAUUCCCCACAAAUUCUCAUGGAUUCCCCACAAAUCCCUCAGGAUUCCCCGCGAAUUCCCGGAAAUUCCCGAGGAUUCCCAUGGAUUCCUGAGGAUUCCCCACCAAUCCCUCAGGAUUCCCCGUGAAUUCCCCAAA